AUGCAGGCGGACUUUUACAUCCGACCCUGCAUGGAAGUGUUGAAGCGGCACUCCUGUUUUGCUUCACUCCACCCUUCAGUUUUCCUGGAUCUGAGUGGUCUCAACGAAGGCCCUAAUGCCGACAGAGCAAGGGCAUUAAGUUUAAAUAAAGUCUGGAACUUUGGAUCCACGCAGUCUAAAGUGCAGCAAAUCGAGGACGUUGCGGUAGAUGACGAUAACGAACUGCUGCUGAUAGCCCACAAUCCAUUCAAUGAGACGAUCCGAUCGAGUCAAGAGACUUGGUGCUCCUGGCUGCAUGUCGCGCCAAUCGGGUUCGGCUCUUAUUUACAGCGCAUCGCUGAUCAGAUUGUGACAUGGACGCAGAAGGAAGAGGCCGCAUAUCAAGCCAUGCAGCUGAGCAUCAGUCUGAAACCACAACCAGAAGAGGUUAAUAAAAAUUGUUCUUGA